UCACCCCGCUGCCUCCGACAUGGUACAGUCCCAUGUAGAAAUUCCGAGAAUUGAGCGGCGUAGUUUCUUAGAACUGAAUUCGCAGAAGUGGAGUGGCUCGGAUUUUCGAGGAAACUUUUUAAAAGUUUUCACAGCGUGGCCAUGACUGCAAAUGGGUGCGUUCAAUUCACGCGACAUGCAGGCGACGUCCUGCUCAAUUUCAACCGCCUCCGCAGUCGGAAUAUCCUGACGGACGUUACUAUUCUAGUGAAUGGACAGAAUUUCUACGCUCACAAAACCAUCCUGGUAGCAUGCAGCGGCUUCUUUUAUUCCGUCUUCAUGGACCCCGAGAACGCGAACCUAAACGGCAUCAAUUUGGACCCCAAAAUAGACGCAAAGAGUUUCUCCAACCUCUUGGACUUCAUGUACACAUCGUAUCUGAACCUGACCGACAGCAUGUUGGUAGGCACCAUGAACGCCGCCCUGUACCUUCAGAUGGAACACGUGGCUGACACCUGCCACAGGUUUAUCAAGUCCAGACCAUCUUUCAAUGUGCACGUUGACGAGGUGCAGAGUGGCAUGUUACCUUUGGCUGAUCAGCCCCCUAAUUUGAGAAGCAUCGACCUGAAAGAGCUGGACGUCAAAAACCGCUACACAACGGCCUUGCCCCCUCUUCAGGACUGCAGGGGUUACAAUGUGUUCAGGGGCAUUAACACAUCCGGGUCCUAUUAUGUGUACGGUGAGAAGCCUGAAGUUUCGUCUGUCAGCACCCCGCCCAGAGGAUUGUCUUUGUCCCACAACCAAGUCCCCGGCGCCUGUGUGCCUCACAAAGAGUCCCCCGCCAUCAUCACGUACCCCACUAUUAUCCGACCCUCACCCGCCACGCACAGCGAGGAAGAUGGCGUCGGGCACCCUCCCGCUAACUGCCGCGGGUUGUCUCCAGGUUUUGGGAAAGGUGUGAUCUGCAGCCCUCAAAGUCCCCUCAGAUCUGACUGCCAGCCCAACUCGCCCACCGAGUCCAGCAGCAGCAGAAACGCCAGCUUGAGCCUCAAACAGACCCCGGACGCUAACAAAGAAGCCAAGGUGCGGAACUGGAAGAAGUACAAAUUCAUCGUCAUGAACCAAACUCCUCUGAAUGAGGAAGCGGAUGCUCAGAGAGGCGAUGGACCUCUUUCGCCUGGUCCCUGCAGGGGUGCUCAAACUGAAGAAGCAGCCAGUGAACAUAGUGACGACAUCCCCAUGACCGACGUCAGCCACCGCAAAUGCUCCUCUUGUGGCGGUGACAGCCCUCAGCAGGACGAGGCCGCCCACACCUUACCCGACUCUUGCUGUAAAGACUCAAAGUUCUCCCCUUCCAUAUGUGAAAUGUCUCUCUUCGACUCCAAAUUUGGAGAGGAAGACUCCCCCAAAGAGCACUCGGUGCAGCUCCACAGAAAGAAGCAAUACAAGUGUGACUGCUGCCAAGCCGCUUUCCGCUACAAGGGCAACCUGGCCAGCCAUAAGACCGUUCACACAGGUGCAAAGCCGUACUGCUGCAACAUUUGCGGUGCUCAGUUCAACCGGCCCGCUAAUCUGAAGACACACACUCGCAUCCACUCUGGGGAGAAGCCGUACAAGUGUGAGACGUGCGGCUCCAGAUUUGUCCAGGUGGCCCACCUUCGUGCCCACGUGUUAAUCCACACAGGAGAAAAGCCAUACCCUUGUGAAAUCUGUGGCACGCACUUCCGCCACUUACAGACGCUCAAAAGCCACAUGCGCAUUCACACCGGAGAGAAACCUUAUCAUUGUGAAAAGUGUGAUCUUCACUUCAGACAUAAGAGUCAGCUGAGGCUUCAUCUGCGACAGAAACACGGCGCCAUCACUAACACCAAGGCGCAUUAUCGGCCCAGCAGCCUGACCUCCUGCUGAGCCCACUGCAGUAUUUUUUUUUCUUUUGUAUUUUACCAGCCACCGCAUUGUCAAAAAAUACUCAACAUCCAAAGAACCAUAUUUUGUAUAUAUUUUACUAUUUGAGUAUUUCAGAGUUUAUUCUGAACCACCUCAAACAACUGAAUGUACAAUUUGAAUGUGAAUUUGAGCAGAUAUAGUACAGGCCAAAGGUUUGGACACACCUUCUUAUUCAAUGGGGUUUCUUUAUUUUCAUGACUAUUUACAUUGCAGAUUGUCACUGAAGGCAUCAAAACUAUGAAUGGACACUAUUAAGCCGAAAGUACAAAAGACAUUUGUGAAAGAACGGGCCGCUCUCAGGAGCUCAGUUAUUUCCAGCGUGGAACUGUCAUAGGAUGACACCUGUGCAACAAAUCCAGUGGUGAAAUUUCCUCGCUCCUAAAUACUCCGAAGUCAACAAAAUUGAAGCGUUUGGGAAGAACAGCAACUCAGCCUCAAAAUGGUAGGCCACGUAAAUUGUCAGAGGGGGGGGUCAGCGGAUGUUGACUGAAGAGCAUAGUGCAAAGACUUUCUGCACAGUCAGUUGCUACAGAGCUCUAGACUUCAUGUGACCUUCCAAUUAACCCACCUACAGUGCGCAGAGAGCUUUAUGGAAUGGAUUUCCAUGGUCGAGCAGCUGCGUCUAAGCCAUGCGUAAACAAGUCCGAUGCAAAGCGUCGGAUGCAGUGGUGAAAAGCACUUUGCCACUGGACUCUAGAGCAGUGGAGACACCUACUUUGGAGAACGCUUUUCCAUCUGGCAACUUGAUGGACAAGUCUGGGUUUGGAGGUUACAUUUCGGACUGCAUUGUGCUCAGUGUGAAAUUUGGUGGAGGAGGAAUUAUGGUGUGGGGUUGUUUUUUUUUUUUUUAGGAGUUGGGCUUGGCCCCUUAGUUCCAGUGAAAGGAACUUUGAAUGCUCCAGGAUAUGAAAACAUUUUGGACAAUUCCAUGCGCCCAAUCUUGUGGGAAGAGUUUGAAGCGGGCCCCUUCCUCUUCCAAUAUGGACCAGUGCACAAAGCAAUGCCCAUAAAGACGUGAAUGACAUGGAGUCUGGUGUGGAUGAACUUGACUGGCCUGCACAGAGUCCUGACCUGAACCCGAUAGAACUAAAACGGAGACUGAGAGCCAAGCCUUCUCAACCAACAUCGGUGUGAAAACUAACUAAUGCGUAUUUGGAAGAAUUGUCGAAAAUUCCUAAAAACACAAUUCUCAACCUUGUGGACAGAAUUCCAGAAGAGUUGAAGCUAGAAUAGCUGCAAAAGCUGUGAACCGUAUUUGAUAGGAAUGGAAUGGCACUUCAAGUUCAUAUGUAUGUCAAGGCAGGUGGCCAAAUACUUUUGGGAAUAUAGUGUAUGUACUUAACAAAAAAAAGGGAAAUAACUGAAAACAUGUUUUAUAUGUACCGAUCCGUUGUGGUGAAGAAGGAGCUGAGCCGGAAGGCAAAGCUCUCAAUUUACCGGUCGAUCUACGUUCCCAUCCUCACCUAUGGUCAUGAGCUUUGGGUCAUGACCGAAAGGAUAAGAUCACGGGUACAAGCGGCCGAAAUGAGUUUCCUCCGCCGUGUGGCGGGGCUCUCCCUUAGAGAUAGGGUGAGAAGCUCUGCCAUCCGGGAGGAACUCAAAGUAAAGCCGCUGCUCCUUCACAUCGAGAGGAGCCAGAUGAGGUGGUUCGGGCAUCUGGUCAGGAUGCCACCCGAACGCCUCCCUAAGGAGGUGUUUAGGGCACGUCCAACCGGUAAGAGGCCACGGGGAAGACCCAGGACACGUUGGGAAGACUAUGUCUCCCGGCUGGCCUGGGAACGCCUCGGGAUCCCCCGGGAAGAGCUAGACGAAGUGGCUGGGGAGAAGGAAGUCUGGGCGUCCCUGCUUAAGCUGCUGCCCCCGCGACCCGACCUCUGAUAAGCGGAAGAAGAUGGAUGGAUGGAUGUUUUAUAUUUUAGUUUCUUCAAAAUAGCCUCCCUUUGCUCUGAUUACUGCUGUUCUUAAUUUCCCCUCUGGGAUCAAUCAAGUAUUUCCUAUUCUGAUUUGCACACUCUUGGCAUUCUCUCGUUGAGCUUCGAUCACACAUAUGAAGUGAAAACCAUUUCACCUCUUGAAGCUCGAGGAGAAUGCCAAGAGUGUGCAAAGCAGUAAUCGGAGCAAAGGGUGGCUAUUUUGAAGAAAUUAGAAUAUAAAACGUGUUUUUUUUGGGUUAAGUACAUAACUCUACAUGUGUCCAUUCAUAGUUUUGCUGCCUUCAGUGGCAAUCUACAAUGUAAAUAGUCAUGAAAAUAAAGAAAACUCAUUGAAUGAGAAGGUGUCCAAACGUGUGGCCUGUACUGCACGUAUCAAUUACUGUUACAGUUUUGUCAGUUUUGUCGCAGUAUUGCUACGAGUCAUUGGUACGCCGUCACGUCUAUUUGUAAAUAUUGUUUCCAGAUUGCCAUCUGCUGGCAGAGCGUGGAUUUAUUAAACAUUGCUUCUCAUGCCCACAUUCAGCUUCACUGAAGGACAGUAGCAAAAAGGUUGUCACUUUUGGUACGGAUUACGUGUACAUACUGCUUUAUAACUAUAGCAUCAUUUUUGUAUUAUGUCAUAUGCCAUCAUUCGUAUUUUGCACACACACACAUAUCGCUGUUUUUCCGUCAUCGUUUUCAACUAUUUUUUUCAAGCGUUGCUAAUAUGUUGAAAUGUUCUCAAAGCAUGUGCUCACUUAUCGAUGCAUAGUGAAGUCAUUAUUUAUGUUCAAACCCACCGUCAUGGUCACAAUGUUGCUGCUGCCAUGUUGCCCUGAGCUAACUGUAAAGUUAUUCCACCCAGUGCAUUUUUACAGUGCCUUACAUUCAAAUCAAUGUAUUGGUUACAGUGGCUUCAUUUUUGACGCUGUCUACAUGUACGCUCUUAUGUUAUGUGAUUCAUUGUAUGUAGCUCUUAAAAUGCACAGAUGCUCAGGAAUAUUGCUUAUGUCUUUGUAACUGCAGAAUACAUAAUAUAUAUUUAUAUUUAUAAAAUAGAAAUAAACAUGCAUACCGCAACAAGA